CACAUGCGCCGGCGCCUCGCGUGCCCAGAAGCGAAACUUCGAUACAAUAAAAAAAUAUUUGCUGAGCGAUAAUGUGAUAAAUAUGAGUGUACUGAUUGAACGUUUUUGGUGCUGUGGUUUUGAAUAAUUGUAUUUAGCGUGGCGUGUAGAUUUUGAAUUCGGAACGGCAGUAUGGCGGGAAUUUUGUACAUUUUAUUUUCUAUACUACUCUUCCAAAGAGCAAUUUCCAGUUACUUGUCUGGUGGUUACAACUUACUGAGGCUGGACCAAUUACCGUCCGACAUACCGACAACCGUAGCACCCGACGGCUUUCCGGCUCCAAAUUUCGCAAAUCAAUCCGUCACAAUACCAAUAAGCGACACCAUCGAAAUCGGGGAUUAUCUACCAACGCCGUUUAUUAUCAACGCAGUGAUCAAAUUAGACGAACUAACAGCGACGUGCUUAUUCCAGUUCAAGAAUAACGUUGCUGACACGUACUUCAGUUUGUGUAUGGAGCCCGCCAGCGAGUCUCUAGUGAGAUUUAUCUUCAACGGCCUCGAUACGAGCCCUAUAGAAACCGUAGUGAAAGUAGACAAAGAUUCAUGGACAAAAUACACUUUUGAAAUCGAUCGCACCUCGUUGACCACUCGUUUGGACUGUAUACUCUUAUUUAAGCAGAGCACCGAGAGACCUACUAUGGAUGUUUUAUUCGAACCGGAUUCGACGUUGGUUUUGGGAGAGUCGCCUUACAGUGAAAAGAAUUUUAUGGGAUCUAUAAAGGAAAUAAAAAUAUAUCCAGACUCAAACGAAGAAACCAUAAAAAAUAUUUGCAACGAGGAUUUCAAAUUACCGAGUAUAUUUAAUGAAGAAAACGAAGAAUCAACCGACAAUGUAGAAGAACCUCAAUAUAUUAAAAACCCGGAGAAAGGUGAGAAAGGUGACAAAGGUGAGAAGGGUGAAAAAGGACAAAAAGGACACCAAGGUCUCAAAGGAGAGCCUGGAAAUUCCGUCAUCGGUCCAGAAGGAUCACAAGGACCUGUUGGGCCGCUGGGACCCCCUGGCCCCGUAGGAAAGCGAGGACCGAAAGGGGAGUGUGAGUGCUCGCCUAAUUUGGUAUCGACUCUUUUGGAAACAAUGCCUGAAAUGAGAGGACCUCCCGGUGAAGCUGGUCCUACGGGCGAGCCUGGACUUCCUGGUCUUCAUGGGGAGAAGGGCCCUGAAGGUCCUGCGGGGAAACCUGGCCUAGACGGCAGAGUAGGGGAGCCAGGUCACGAUGGUGUACCUGGACGAGACGGAAAGCCUGGGGAGUCAGGACCACCAGGAAAAGACGGAGCUCCCGGUCGAGAUGGAGAACCUGGUCUAAGAGGCCCACCUGGCCCACCCGGCCCACCCGGUCCUGGAUUCAUGGAAACAGAGGAAGAAAAGAAGGCUCGACAAAUUCGGAUACCUGGGCCUAAAGGUGAGCAAGGCUCACCUGGCUUACCAGGGUAUCCCGGGCCAAAAGGUGAAACCGGAUCAAAAGGUGACAAAGGAGAAAUUGGACAACAAGGUGCAAAAGGAGAAGAAGGUAUCAUGGGUCAAAUGGGUGAAAAAGGAAAAAAGGGUGAUAAAGGUGAAGCAGGAGUAGAUGGUAGACCUGGUAUGCAUGGAAACCACGGAGUAGACGGGAGAACAGGUGAUAAAGGUGAUAAAGGAGCACCAGGGCUGGCAGGACUUCCAGCAAGCUUGGCUUCAAUUUUGGACGAAGAAAUGGACGAAUCGACAAAAGCGGCAAUCAUUGAAAAAUUCAGAGGGUUCAAAGGGGAACACGGCGACAAGGGUGAUAAGGGCAGCAAAGGUGAUCAAGGGAAUACUGGUCUAGCAGGGGAACCCGGUAAAGAUGGUAGAACUGGAAACACGGGGCCUCGAGGACCUACAGGUCUCCGAGGAAAACAAGGUCCUAUGGGCCCUAGAGGAUACAAAGGCGCAAGAGGUGCACCAGGACCAGUUGGAAAAGUACCAGCUUCAGAAAUAGCUUUACUAAAGGGUGCUACAGGACCUCCAGGACCAAAAGGAAGUACUGGAGAAAAAGGUCAAAAAGGCGAUAAAGCCCCGGAAAUAGACGUAUCAAAGCUGAAAGGUGAAAAGGGGGAUCGAGGGCUAGAAGGUAGUCCCGGUAAGCCUGGCCCUAUAGGACCAGUUGGUCCUCCAGGAAUUUGUGAGAAAUUAAGUCCUCAACCACCCAUCCCUGGACCUCCUGGACCCCCAGGGCCUCCAGGAUCACCUGGGAGAGACGGUGAAGCAGGUCAACCAGGAGCAUCCAUAAUCGGUCCGAAAGGUGAACCAGGAUUUACGAUGACAUCGAAUAAUAUUGAUGAAACAGUUGAUUUCGAUAGCAACGACGAUGAAGCCUUCUUUAAAUCAUACACAAUUAUUUUCAAGACGUACAAGGGUCUGUUGAAGAGAACGUCGAAAACGCCCGUGGGAACUCUCGCUUACGUUCUGGAUGAAAAAAUUUUGUUGUUGAGAGUGGAAUAUGGAUGGCAGAAUGUUAAUAUUGGAUCGAUGUACCAACCUUCGAGAAGCGCACCUAGACUUGUACCAUACAAUCAACCGUCAAAGUCACCUAACGACAAAAGAUAUAUACGCUUGGCAGCCCUGAACGAACCUUACUCUGGUAGAAUGGAGACCCACUUAAAUAGGGUUGGCUACAGCGCGAUCAACUACGAGUGCCACAGACAGUCCAUGCGCGACUAUAACGGAACAUUCGUUGCUGUGCUCUCAAACAGGGUAACAGACCUAAUUUCAUUAGUAAAGCCGUCAGAACGUAACAUUCCUGUUACAAAUUUAAAGGGGGAAAUCCUUUACCCUUCGUGGAGUAGCAUAUUUGAUGGAGCCAGAUCAAUGCACGGGCAGUCUAAGGCUAAUAUCUAUAGUUUCGACAACAGAAACGUCUAUGUGGAUCAACAAUGGCCUAAGAAAAUGGUGUGGAUAGGAGCUGAUACUCUAGGCAAUCGAUCAACUAAAGCAUACUGUGACGAGUGGAGCUCAGAUAGCCAACAGAUGUUUGGCACCGCAUCUCCUCUAGACAAACUUUUAGAACAAAGACUAUUGAGCUGUGAUAAUAAACUUAUAGUCCUUUGCGUCGAAUUAUCGUCGCAAGCAUCGAGACACAAUCAUAAGAAACGUUGGCCCAAGAAACGUGUUACGUACGAUAAACGAAUCCGAAAACCGUUUGCUGUUACAUAGUAAAAAGUUUUUAGUUCACAGACUUCAACUUCUUGAGUAAUACUCGUAAUGUAACAUGUGAGAUUGAUGUGCGCCAUAGUAUAAAUAUAACUUGAAAUAUGUGUGGUGUUUAAAACUUUGUGUAAAUGAAAGUUCAACAUUUAUUUCUGGGAAUUGUUUGUGUCACCUUAUCACGCAACGCGGGACUCUCGUAUCCGCCUUUCGUGUAUUUGAAACAAAAUGGACGGCUGUCAAUCUGACAGAUGGAUGUGUCAAACGAAUGUGUCAGUGUGAUAAUGAGCAUCCAUUACAGUUAUUGCCUAAUUAUAAUACGGGUUUUAUCAAUUGAUUUAGCACCUUUAGAAUUGAAGUGACUUAGCUAAAAAUUCGAAAAACCUAUGAAAAUGUAUUCUGAGCUUAUAAAAAUUAAACAAUCUCUUUUAGUCCAGAAAAGGACAAAUGUACUCUUUCCGUCUCUUUUAAAUCAAGCGCUUGCCCUA